UGUCCUCUUUUCCAUAGAAAAGCGAAAAAAAGUAAUAUUAUAUAGGCACUAGAAUUUAUAUCAUCACAAACUUGCUUGUAAUAAUUUGUUGAGAUUCAGACCGAAGCAUGUAUUGAAUUUGAUUUUUAGCCUUGUGAAGCCCACAGAUGAUAUAGAAAACUCUUAGUUUUUGGCUUUCCAAUUCUGCUAAAAUAUUUUUGGGUUGACUGGAAUGGGUAAAUCUAAACUGAUUUUUAUUUACAUCUUUGUUAAGCCCACAUAUAAUAUAGAAAACUCUUAGAAUUUGGCUUACCAGUUCUGUAAAAAAGUUUUUGGGUUGACAGUAAUGGAUAAAUUUAAACGCUCCUUCCCUAUGAUUCUGAAUUUGUUGUCAUUUAUGCUGUUGGGUGGUGCACCCCAUUUGAUAUUUCCCUGCCUCUGCCUAGCACAAAAUGGAGUUAGACCUGCAACUGUGAACGUGGGUGCUAUUGUCUCUUAUAAUACCACUAUUGGAAGAGUGUCAAGGAAGGCCAUUGAAUUGGCUGUAGAAGAUGUGAAUAAUGAUAAAACUCUGCUUAAUGAAACUCAACUUGUGCUUACAAUGGUGGACUCCAACCGUAGUGCUUUCAUAGGUACUUUGGCAGCAUUCGAGUUGUCAAAAAAGGAUGUGGUGGCAAUUAUAGGACCAGAGUCCUCUGUAACUGCUCAUGUUAUUUCACACAUAGCAAAUGGACUUCAAUUACCACUUUUAUCUUUUGGAGCAACUGAUCGAAGUCUCUCUUCACCUCAGUACCCUUAUUUUUUUCGCUUUACGCAUAGCGAUUCCUCUGAGAUGAUGGCAGUUGCUGCUGUAAUCAGUCACUUUAACUGGAAAGAGAUUGUUGCAGUUUAUGUAGAUGAUGACUAUGGGAGAAAUGGAAUAAAUGCACUUGGUGAUGCAUUUGGAAAUAUUGCUGAUAUUGUUGUUCAUAAACAUUCAGUACCUCCAGAAAUCACUAAAACUGACCUGAGCAGUAAAUUGAAAGAUUUGUCUUUGAUGGCAACUCGAGUUUUUGUUGUUCAUAUGAAUCCAGAUGCCGGCCUGAAGCUUUUCACUGAAGCACACCAGCUUGGAAUGUUAAGCAAUGGCUAUGUGUGGAUUGCCACAGAUUGGCUAUCCACUACUUUGGAUUCUCUUUCACUUGAUUCAGACACAAUGAAUUCACUACAAGGAGUCAUUUCUAUGCGGCAGCAUAUUCCAAAUUCUAAUCAGCUACAUGCAUUUUCAGUAAGAUGGAACAAUCUGCAGAAAGCUCGAACUGUUGAUGCAGGCCUCAAUGUGUUUGGAUUGUAUGCUUAUGAUACAGUGUGGGCAAUUGCUUCAGCUAUUGAUAAAUUUUUUAAAAAUGGGGGAAAUAUUUCUUUUACAGAUCAUCCUCAGCUAUCCACUUCAAGGGCAAAUAAUUCAAAGUUAACUGAGUUCAAGGUCUUCAGAGGAGGUUCACAGCUACACACAAUGUUAUUACAGACUAACUUUAAAGGCUUAACAGGUUCAGUCCAACUGAAUAAAAAUGGUGACUUGCUUGGUUCAACUUUUGAGAUAAUUAAUAUAGUUGGAAGUGGGAUCCGCAAGGUGAGCUACUGGUCAAAUAUAUCUGCCUUAUCUGUUAUUCCUCCUGAGAGUGGAGUUAUAAUCUCACACAACAAAUCUAAUCUGAAUAAAGAAGUAUAUGAUCUCGUAUGGCCCGGAGGUAGGAAACAGAAGCCACAAGGGUGGACAGUCCCAAACAACAGUGGGCGGCUUAGGUUUGCAGUUCCUUUUAGGAAAGGAGGAUUUAAAAAACUGGAAAAAAUAGUACAAGGUUCCAAUGUAACGAAUGGUUACUGCAUUAAUGUGUUUUCUGCUGCAGUAAAGAUGCUACCUUAUGAUGUUCCUUAUGAAUUUGUAGUUUAUGGAAGUGAGGAAUCACCUCCCAUGUAUGAUGAUCUUGUGAAAGAGGUUGCAUCAAAGAAAUUUGAUGCAGCAGUUGGGGACAUUUCAAUUUUGAAAAAACGAUCAAUGUAUGUGGACUUCACCCAACCUUAUGCAGCUUCUGACUUGGUUGUGGUAGUUCCCGUCAAGAAGCUGAAUUCAAAUCCCUGGGGUUUCUUGCAGCCAUUUACACGUGAGAUGUGGUUUACAACUGUUGCAUUGUUUCUUGCCAUUGGAGCUAUUAUAUGGCUUUUGGAACACAGAUUAAACUCAGACUUCCGAGGGGAACCAAUGAAGCAAUUUGUUACCAUCCUUUCGUUCUCCAUUUCAACAACAUUGUUAAUCCAUAAAGGAAAAAUUGUGAGUGGCCUUGGACGGAUAAUUUUGGUGAUAUGGCUUUUUGUUGUUUUAGUCAUCAGUUCGAGUUAUAAGGCAAAUUUGACCUCAUCCCUUACAGUGCAGCAGCUUUCAUCCACAAUUGAUGGAAUUGAUGAUUUGAUAUCAAGCAACCUCCCAAUAGGGUAUUUUAGAGGAUCUUUUGUUAGAAACUUUUUGUCAGAGGAGCUUAAUGUAUCUCGAGCCAGACUUAUUCCUUUUGAUUCUCCUGAGGAUUAUGCAAAAGCAUUGUCUGAAGGACCAAGCAGGGGAGGUAUAGGAGCAAUUGUAGAAGAGCUUCCAACUGUCCAAUUCUUUUUAUCAAUCCAUUCUGGUUUUAAAAUUGCUGGUCAGCCAUUCACCAAAGAUGGAUGGGGAUUUGCUUUCCAAAAGGGUUCCCCACUAAGAUUUGACAUAUCAACAGCGAUUCUGAACCUUUCAGAGACAGGUAAACUCCAGCAAAUCCGUGAUGAAUGCUUGGGUGCAGAUGGCUUAAUUUCACACGUCAAUCUCAAACAACUUGGCCUGAAAAGCUUCAGGAACCUUUUUGUGAUCAGUGGAAUGGCAAUCUUUGCUGUUUUUCUUGGAUUUGCAUGUCAUUUGGUUCUUCGAUUGAGGCGUCAUCCAAGAACUUCUGAUGGUUUGCCGAACAAUCAGAGUGUUGUGAGAGAAGUUUCUUCCUCUGUGGAUUGGGAGGAGAUUGCUCAAAGAAACAAUAGGCCUGAGAAGAGAGAGACUGAAGAACAGGGAGAAAUAAACCAAAUAAUAAGUGAAUAGACAACUACGCACUAACACCAACCUAUAUGCUGUUCUAAUAGUUGCAAUAUUUAUAUCUUCAUCGGGUAGCGACUUGUAAAAGGGAUUGUCUUGAUUGGCUGAUAACAUGUGGAAUUCAUGAAUGACAAUUUACUAAAAAUGAAGAAACUCAUUAGUCAACCAGGCUUCCCAAAUGGGAACACCACCUUGGUGUGAAAUGCAGUUCAAUUCAAGUGUCACAGAUCCAAUCAAUGCUAAUGAUAGGAUCAAUUCUACUAUAGAAUAAUCCUACCCGUCAAUCAACAAUGGAAGUAAGGUAUCUCCUAGGUAAGAGGAAUGCUUCUUUCAUAUAACAUGCUAAUGUUCCUAUGCUCCUGAUAUGAAUUCUAUCCUUUUUGAGGUACUGAUCAGUCUUCUAACUGGCUGAGAUUAUUUUAGCCUUGUGUUUUUUUAUAUUUGUUGAAAUGACGCAUGGCUACAUUUCUGUAACUGUAAAUCAAUUUCUUUAAUGACUGAUUCCAAGCUUCCUCAUUCUCUGCCA